AGUUGCUUCAAACAAUUUCACAACCGAUCAAUAUUUCAAAGACAGCCUUUGGAAUUAGUUUGGUUCUGCUCUUUUGAAAGAUUUUAGCCUGCUGUGCGUUUUGUACAACCAAUAUAGCGAGACCCAAGGACUGUCACAAUGCCUGAGAUUGGAGAAGUUGCUCGACUUGUUCACUACCUCAAAAAGCAUGUCGCUGGCAAAGUUAUCUCGUCCGUGAAGACGCAAGAUGAUACUAUCGUAUACGGCAAAGCCGGCACGUCCGCCGCAGCUUUCGAGCAGGCUAUGAAAGGCAAGAAGAUCCUCGAUGCCGGCCAGCAGGGGAAGUACUUUUGGAUGACGAUGGCAUCCCCCCCUCACCCGGUCAUGCAUCUCGGAAUGACCGGAUGGAUCGACCUGUCGACCGUCCCGACAGGCUCCUACAAGCCCAAGAAAGAAGGUGAACAGUGGCCGCCGCGGUUUUGGAAGUUCAUCUUGCAAUUGGACGACAAGGAGAAGACGGAGGUGGCGUUCACAGAUGCUCGAAGAUUGGGGAGGAUUCGAUUGGUGGAUGCUCCAGCGGACAAGUUGCGGCAGACCACGCCGCUGAAGGAGAACGGUCCGGAUCCUGUCGUUGACAAGGAGAUCGUUACGGUUGGAUGGUUUUCCGAGAAGUUGAAGAAGAAAAAGGUCCCGAUCAAAGCGUUCCUGCUGAACCAGGCGAACAUUAGCGGGGUUGGAAACUGGGUGGCCGACGAGGUCUUAUACCAAGCGAAGACUCACCCUGAACAGUACUGCAACACCUUUUCAAACUCGCAGAUCAAAACCCUCCAUGACAGCCUCAUUUCCGUCUGCUCGAUCGCCUGCGAGACCUUGGCAGAUCAGGACAAGUUUCCCAAAGGCUGGCUCAUGCUGCAUCGCUGGUCGAAGGGCAAGAAGGGUCAAAAUGUCCUACCAAACGGCGAGAAGAUCACGUUCCUCACCGUCGGUGGCCGUACAUCGGCCAUUGUUCCGAGCGUACAGAAGAAGACCGGUCCAGUCGCUGCGGAUGUGUCGGCUAAUGGAGAGGCGAAAGCCGUCAAUGGCACCGGCUCAUCGGAAUCGAAAAAACGACGAAAGACCGAAGAUGUUGAGGAUAGCGAAGAUAGCGAAGAUGCUGACGAGGUGGAAAAUUCAAAGGCUAAAUCCAAGAGGCCUAGCAAAGUAUCGAAAACGAAUACCAAGUCAACACCGAAGAAGGAAACUAUUGUAACCGAAUCUCCCAGGAGGUCGUCUCGAAGAAGCAAGGCGUAGUGGAACUUGGAUAACUUCGGUAUCUCAUCGAAGCCCUGAGCGGGUUUGUCAAUGGGAUUGGCGUUAGAGGUUCAGGAGCCUACUCUCAGAACAUGAGAUUCUAUACCAGAAAGAAUGGGUAGUUCUAGAGAAGGGUACAUAUCAGACUACAAGAAUUUGAGCAGCGGACCUUCCACUAGCUCAUUAGCCAACAGGAAGGAU